GUCUAGCCUUAUUGUUUCUGUGAUUCAUAUACCGGACUUGUUUUCCUGUUACUCAAGCUCAUAGAAUUCUCUUCUUGUGGUACCAACCCCUGCUUAAACCGGGCUUAAUACCUCGCUUUCCUGUUGCUUCCUUCAAUUCCUCGCCUUUUGAGUAAAGUAGCCCCUCCUCCCUCACUCACCUCAAACAACUUUCACCUAAACACAUUAAUCACCCAUAUCCGUUACGAGAAAGCACUAAAUUGUCUUAUCAUACCGAAUCUUGCAUAAAAUCACCACCAUGCGAGCUCGUUAUAAAGGUCCAGCCGGUACCGGUAUCCUCGAGAUACCCGAUGGUGCCACUGUUAAGGUGCUAUUUGAUGAACUUCGAGCCAAGACAGGAAUUACCACUUUUGGCAUAAAAUACGGCCCUCCUAUGGCUAUGAAGACUCUUGAAGCUAGCCAAAGUGAUGAAAUCGCUCGAUCUCUUGGUCUUCACGGCGAGACACUCACUAUCGUACCCGAGGACGUACCGCCUCCCGCACCUCCUGCGCCGCUUCAAACUGGCACUGCCCAGCAUCAAGCGAUGGCAUCUCGGGCGGCAAAGCGGAAUGAGAGCCCAGAGGAGGUUAAUGUUCCAUGGCCAGAAUUAGGUGGAACUCUGCUUCUAAGGGUGAUGCCCAGCGAUAACAGCUGUUUAUUCACAGCCUUUGGUGGGGCUCUGCAAGAUCAGAUUCCCGCUCAACGGCUGAGAAGGAUGAUGGCUGACUACAUUGUUGAACAUCCCGAGGAUUACUCGGAUGCUGUCCUCGGUAGUCCUCCCAGCCAAUAUUGCCGCAGUAUUCAAGACCCUGAUCGGUGGGGAGGCGGUAUUGAACUGAGCAUCUUAUCCUCCAUCUUCGAUAUCCAGAUCUGCACGUUUGAUGUCCAGACCCAAAACCUGAUCAACUUCGGAGAGGAUAAGACAGAUCGCUGUAUUCUUGUCUUUUCCGGAAUUCACUACGACCGAGUUGCCUUUAGCCUGUCUGAUUACCCACAUGACUCACCUACUUACCCUCCUGAGAUGGAUCGAACUGUUUGGCCGACUGAUGACGACGAGAUACUCGAAAAGACUAAGGAACUCGUCGAGAAACUCAACAAGGCGCACUACUACACUGACACGGAAGGACUGCUUCUACGAUGUGAUGUGCAGGGAUGUGACUGGAUAGGCAGCGGCAAGCGUGAGGGAAAGAAGCAUGCAGAACUCACAGGACACGUGGCUCUGAGUGAAAUCCAAGACGAAGGUGACAACGUGCUUCGGAAGUGCGAUACACCUGGAUGUGAUUUCAUCGGCCAAGGUGACAAGGUUAUGAGGCAGCAUAGUGCAGAUACUGCUCAUGAGAGGUUCUCCAUUAUUCCGGACUGGUGAGAUGGAACUGACCGAAACAUGAAGCCUUGGUGGCUCUUCGUCCUUCUAGACAAUUCACAUAGCUUAUUGAGUUUUGAAAAUACUUAGCCCUUCGAUCACUGAAACAAGAUAAUGUCUUGCAACCAUUGCACGCUGCUGA